UGUAACAUGACGGCGCCGCCUCUCGCGCCGGACGCAAAGCCUCCCCGCCGCAGGAGGAAGACCUACACUUUCUGGUGGUGCUUCCUGGGCAUUUGCGCAGAGGCCCUUCUGUUCCUGCUGUCUACUUUAUCUGAUGCCUGUGAACUACCACCACCAUUUGAAGCUAUGGAACCCAAGGAAGAAACUAAACCCUAUUAUGAGGUUGGAGAGACAAUAGAAUAUAAGUGUAAAAGAGGAUACAUAUUUCUGUAUCCAUUCAUCAUGGUUGCUACCUGUGAACCAAAUCAUACAUGGUUCCCUAUUUCAGAUCAUGGUUGUGCUAAAAUAGAAUGUCCUACAUUAGCAGAACCUGAAUUUGGCAAAGUACACCUCCUAGAUGGCAGAAUUUCAUGGGGUGGUCGAGCUCAAUUUACAUGUAUGGAUGGUUAUUACGUAGUUGGUAUGUCAAUUCUACACUGUGUGCUUAAAGGUGAUCAUGCAUAUUGGAAUGGUCCUCCCCCACAUUGUGAAAAAGUUUAUUGUUUACCACCUCCAAAAAUAAAAAAUGGAACACACACCUUUACUGAUAUAGAAGUAUUCAAAUACCGUGAAGCAGUAAUUUACAGUUGUGAUCCUAAGCCGGGACCAGAUAAGUUUUCCCUUAUUGGAAUGAGUAUGCUCUUCUGUUCUGGCCAUAACACCUGGAGUAGCAAGCCUCCAGAAUGUAAAGUGGUAAAAUGUCCAUUUCCAGUACUACAAAAUGGAAGAAUGACACCAGGAAUUGAAAAAAAAUUUUCCUACCGAGAAACAGUGACGUUUGAGUGCAUGGAGGGUUUUUACAUGAACGGCAGUGAUACAGUGGUCUGCGAUGCUAACAGUACUUGGGAGCCUCCAAUCCCAAGGUGCCUUAAAGGUCCUAAACCUACUCAUCCCACCAAGCCUCCGGUUUAUAAUUACCCAGGAUAUCCUAAUCCCCGUGAAGGAAUAUUUGCCCAAGAAUUAGAUGCAUGGAUUAUUGCUCUGAUUGCUAUUACUUCAAUUGUUGGCAUUGUUGUAGUUUGUCUCAUCAUACUCAGAUAUCUUGAGUACAGGAAGAAAGGGAAAACUGGGGUUAAAGCUAAGUCUACCACUUCCCUGAAAAGGUCAACCUCACAAACAGAGAAAACUGCAUCAUUGCCACAAAGCUCAAGAAGCAACGUAUCUGUUGGUUCUAAUCUGUUAAUCACAUCGUGAUCUUAUUAAAAGGUGAACACUAAUCAGAGAAGACAGUGUGAUCAGUGAAGCUUGAAGAGGACAAGCCAAAGAAUAUAGCCUGUUUAUAGACAAAGAAAGGCAAGAAACCUCUUUUUCCUUCAUAUUUCUGAAGGGUUUGUGUCUGACAGCACCUUGAUUUCAGUCCAAUAAAAAUGUCAGAUUCCUGCUAUCCAGAACUGUUAAGAAUGUGUGUGUUAAGGCAUCACAUUUGUGCUAAUUUGUUAGAGCAGUUAUAGGAAAUUUAUGCACCAACACAAUAACUGGAAGGAAGCAAAGAACUAUGACCAAAAUAGUAUGGGCUUUUCAGAAAUAGGAAAAUGGUUCUCAGUCCUGACUGUACACUAGACUGAUCUGAGCCCCAUUCUGAGACCAGUUAAAAUAGUACUUCCUUAUUGGUGACCAAAGCUGUGGCAAGGUACUACUGGGUUAGAAUGUGCCCCAGAUAUAACAUAUUAAAGGGACUACCUUAGGCUUCCCUAAAAAGUAUGGACAUAUCAGUGUGCUAGCUACUCCUGAGACUAUAUACCAUCUUCCAAAUAGAAGGUCUGGACCAACUUCUUAGAGAUGCUAGGGUCCAGACUUAAUUCAUUUGAUCUACUAAACUGACUGUAGAUCUUUCUUCCUCCAGUUAACAAAAGUGCAUUAUAUUCACUUCUAAAAAGUCUAGUAAGGCUUAAGUUAAUAAUGUUUCAACAAAAGACCUUCUACCUGGGUUGACAGCAUGGUUUCAUAAGCCUGACUCAGGAGGGUAUUG